AUGGGUUCAUCCAAAAAAGUCUUCCGGGUCAUCAUCGUGGGCGCAGCAGUUUCUGGUCUGAGCCUCGCACACAUGUUGGAGCGCGCAGGGAUCGACUUCGUGCUCCUGGAACGUGGUGAGAAAGUUGCAUUUUCCGGUGGUGCCAGUAUUGGGCUUCAACCAAAUGCUUUGCGCAUCAUGGAUCAGUUGGGUCUUUACGAGGAAAUUUACGCAAGCACAGUCCCCGUUGAAACUGCGUUUCAUCGCCGCUCGGAUGGGAGUGUUAUCAGCGCAUCCAAAUUUGCCCACAAGCUUGAAAGACGCCAUGGAUAUCCCAUCCUUUUCCUUGAGCGGGAGGAACUAUUGGAAAUUCUCUACCGAAACCUCAGAGGCAAGUCAAAAAUAUUUUGCUCGCACAAGGUUGUCGAUAUUCAGUGCGAUCAAAAUCGUACAAUUGCUGUCACUGACAAUGGAGCAACCUUCGAAGGUGAUAUCAUCAUAGGAGCUGAUGGAGUCCAUAGCUUCACCCGCCAGGCGAUAUGGAAUAAAUUGGAGACGACAGAGCCACAGGUGGCCAAACGGGAAGCUACAAGUAUGAUGAGCGAAUAUUCGUGCGUUUUUGGAGUUUCGACCUUUGUGAGCGAUGACCCAGAGCUGGUGCCUGGGACUUCUCAUAUUACCUACAGCGAGAAGCGGUCUGGCAUCUGUGUUGUCACCGAUUUCAACAAAAAGUUCUGGUUCUUGAUCUUGAGAUUGGAGAAAACAUACAAGUUCCCGCAUAUUCCGCGGUACAGCAAGCAGGAUAUAGAAGAUACGCUAAGCAAAAACGCGGAUCUUCAAGUCACUCAUGCAACCACUUUGGGUGAUUUGGCGGGAAACAGAAGCAAAUUGGCCAUGGUUUCUCUUGAAGAAGCCGCCUUUGAUCGUUGGUUUAGUGAGCGGAUUGCGAUUCUAGGCGAUGCUGCACACAAGGUCACCCCUAAUGCCGGCCAUGGUGGGAACACGGCAAUUGAAAGCGCAACUGUACUUGCCAAUUUGCUAUAUGAAGCUAAGAAAUCCACCAAAUUCGGGUCCCUCCAGCCAUCCUACAACCAAGUUACAGAGGUUCUGCAGCAUUAUCAGGACGCACGGAAUGAAAGAGUCAUGAAGGCUUACACCAUGUCAUCAAUGGCCACUAGAUUCCAAGCAACACAGAAUAUUUUGUGGAAAAUUGUUGGAACAAGUAUCAUGCCGCUUUUUGGCGAAGAGGCCGAAGUGAACGCUUCUACCGAGCUCCUCCUUGGUGGACCACCGCUCAAAUUUAUUCCCUACAAGGGCCGUCAAGGUAGCAUUCCUUGGGACGGGUGGACACCACAGUCUAUGGCAAAGGAUGUGAUCGCCCAGUCAUCUUUCCUGGUCGUUUUGAAAAAUUCGUCAAAUUUCCUCACGCUCUUGACUGCCGUCGCAUUCGUUCGGCAAUACCUGUGGGGUUUUUCGCCAAAUAUCAGCAAACCUUUCGCUCGAACUGCCUGUGAUCCUGAUAUAUUCCAUAGCAACCUAGAAACAUUUCUCAGCUUCUUGACCUUAUUGCCAUUUGGGACUAUUGGGGCUAUUGAGAUUCUGCGAACAAAGAAUCUUUUGCUCAAGCCACUUGUAUUGCCCGUUGCGUAUGCUGCAUGGUUCGUAGACCGCAAGGUUCUCUGGGCUUGGUUGGCUUUGCUUGCCACAUCUAUUUUCAGGGGUCAGCUCCUUUUCCCACAGGCAUAUGGGUACACAAUCACCAUUUCUGACUCAUACCUCAUCUACCGCGCCCAAAUUGCCAGUGUCAUUUUGGUAGGUGGUAUUUGCAGUCCUAUUCUGGGCGCUCUGUGGCCAAAUACAACAUUAAGCGAUUUUACCGGUGCCAUGAUUGUGGGAUUCGGACUUGCAUGCCCACUAGUAGCCCCAACACUGGUUGCCUUGUUUAAUUCGGCCAUCGGCCGCAACUCUGUACAACCAAUGUACGGCCAUCAAGAUCUUCCAAGGAUCAAACAGGCUUACACGACUAGCUUUGCAAUUUCUACUGUUUGCCAUUGGAUGCACCUAGUUGCAGUCCAGUUUGGUAAAGAGUUCCUGUGGAAUAAUUACCUUUCAAUGGCAAAUACCGGCCUCUUCCUAAGUUUCCUUAGUUGCUUGUGGAAUACCCCAUCUCGGCACCAAAGCAUCACGUUCAAGCUUCAAUUCGCAUUAGGGACUAUUUUUUUGGCAAUUUUAUUCGGACCAGGCGGCACUGCUGCCCUCUUGUGGCUCUGGAGGGAAGACAAGAUUCGGUGCAGGGAGUGA